CUUUCCAACCAAUACCAUCCUGCCAGUAUCCAAAAACCGGUCAGCCUCCCAUCUGAGAACCCGCCUCCGUGGUGCAGCCUGGUGCCUCGGCGCCCACAAUUCAGCCUGAUGUCUUUACCCAGCCUGCCAGCAUGAUGUUUCUACCCAGCCUGAUGAUCCUAUUAUGCCAGAUGACUCGAUGCCCGCUGUUCCGCCAUGAUGACUCGGUGCCCACUGUCUUGCCAGUUGACUCAGAGCCCGUGGUCUUGCCAGAUGACUCGGUGCCGCUGUCUUGCCAGACGACUCGAUGCCCGCUGUUCCGCCAGACGACUCGGUGCCCGCAGUCUUGCCAGACGACUCGGUGCCCGCAGUCUUGCCAGACGACUCGGUGCCCGCAGUUUUGCCAGAUGACUCGGUGCCUGCAGUCUUGCCAGAUGACUCGGUGCCCGCAGUCUUGCCAGACGACUCGGUGCCCGCAGUCUUGCCAGACGACUCGAUGCCCGCUGUUCCGCCAGUUGACUCGGUGCCCCCGCGGUCUUGCCAGAUGACUCGGUGCUCGCGGUCUUGCCAGAUGACUCGGUGCCCG